AUGUCCGGUCGAAGAGGAACGAAAAAAUUUCUUCUACUAGCCACAGUGGUGGGUGGUGCUGUUGGUGCUUAUAUCUAUGCAACGAGAAAACCAUCAUUGGUGUUUGAUUCGAAUCCAAAAGAUAAAGUGAAAGCACCCAUUACAGCUCCAGAUGGUUUAGAUCCAAAUAAUUUUCGUCCAUUAACAUUGUCAAAAAUUAAUGAUAUCAGUCAUAAUACAAAAAUGUUUACAUUUUCAUUUGAGGAUCCAAAAGCCAUAUUGAAUCUAAAAACAGCAUCGUGUACGGUAUUCAAAGCAAAUAUUGAUGGUAAAGAUGUUAUUCGGCCCUAUACGCCUACGACACGUCCGAAUACACAAGGUUAUCUCGAAUUUGUGAUUAAAAAUUAUCCACAAGGUGUUAUGUCAAAAUAUGUGCACAAUUUGAAAAAAGGAGAUAAACUUGAAAUUAAAGGACCAAUUCCCAAAUAUGAUUAUCAACCGAAUAAAUUUGAAAACCUAGUUUUAAUAGCUGGUGGUACAGGAAUAACACCUAUGGUACAAAUAAUCGAAGAAGUUCUCUAUAAUUCCAAAGAUAAGACAAAAAUAACACUACUUUAUGCUAAUGCAUCAGUUGAUGACAUUCUGUUAAAAGAUGAUCUUGAUAAAUUAGCACAAAAAUAUCCUGAUCGAUUCAAAUGUUAUUACACUGUGGAUAAACUAACUGAUGCGUCACAAAAAAAGACAUGGAAAGGUGAUACGGGUUUUGUUACAGAAAAUAUGUUGAAAAAAUGUAUUCCUUUGCCAAGUAAAGCAGAUGAUGAAAGUCUUUUGGUUAUGGUUUGUGGUCCACCAGGAUUUAUGAAAUUACUUUCUGGUGAUAAAACACCCGAUUAUAAACAAGGUGAAUUAACUGGUCUAUUGAAAAAAUUAGGUUUUACAGAGAAGAAUGCAUUCAAAUUUUAA